UUUGUUGGUUAGCAAUGGUUCAUGACUUUUAGGAAAAGUUGAAUAAGUACAGUUAAAGGUGUAUAUACUAGCUAGUUACUAAUUUUACGGGGUUCAAAUGCUUGAUGAAUACAGAAAAGGCGGAGCGACUGUAAAGAAUCUUGAAUUUAAGCUAGUGUUCCUCUUGAGCAAUGUUACGUUCCUCCCGCUCGUAUUUUAAGUCUUUUUCUAAGACUAACCAGUGGACACUUGGAUGUUUUGUCACCGAGUCCAGUUGUGCUAUCAAUUCAGCGUCAUAAAAUACUCGUAGUAUACUCAUGAUGAUUUAUUGUCGUCUUCACGUGAUGUGUUGGCUCAUGGCUGUUUAACGUUCAUUUGGAGAACCGGACUAGUACCUAAAAGAGUGCACCAUGCCAAAUUCUCGUGCAUCCUCACAAACGCCUCAAAAGAUGCGGAAAACACCACGUCCGUCUUCCUCCAGCAGUCGCUUCAAAGAUAUUCACAUCAGUGAAGAAGUGAAAAUUUCAAUCAACCUCGCUCUGGAAAGGUUUUGUUACAGUGAUCAGAAAGAGAUGGAAUUUCCCUCCUCGCUUACUCCAACAGAGAGGGCUUUCAUUCAUCGUGCAGCACAGACCCUGGGGUACAUUUCAAAAAGCAAAGGGAAAGGAUUACACCGAUUCCUCACCAUCAGAAAAAAGAAUAAUCAAGACGGCUGUCGCUCCACCAUGACCCUGACACUCUCCCACAACUCCUUACAUGCCAUCCGCAGUCUGCUGCAGAGGUUCCCUUUGACCAGUAAAGCGUGUGAAGAAUUGCAAGCCAGCAACAAAAGCAAGCUGGCUGCACAGUCUGACAACAGCGCUGACACCAGCAGGCCAAAUGGGUGCCUCAUCAGCAGUGUUUCUUUGGUACCUCCUCGGAGGAGGCCAUCGCAAUUUGACAUUUUCAGACGAUCCCUGCCUGUUUGUGAACAUGAAGAAGAGAUAGUCAGGCUUGUUCGAGAGAACCGGGUGGUGCUGGUGGUAGGAGAGACCGGUUCUGGAAAAACAACCCAGAUUCCACAGUUUCUGCUGGAUGACUGCGCCAAGAAAGGAGAACCCUGCAGAAUUUUCUGUACUCAGCCAAGACGCCUGGCUGCCAUCACAGUCGCUGAGAGAGUGGCAGCCGAGAUGGGAGAGACCGUCGGCCGUACCGUCGGCUACCAAAUCAGACUACAGAGCAGGGUUUCCCCAAAGACACUGUUGACCUUCUGCACCGUUGGAGUAUUCCUCAGGACACUGAUGGCGGGAAAUGUCCACAUGACAACUGUCACACAUGUCAUUGUGGAUGAGGUGCAUGAGCGUGAUGGUCUGACUGACUUUCUGCUUACGAAGAUGCUUGAUGUACUUCAGGAAAUCCCCACAUUGAAACUUAUCCUUUCCAGUGCUUCACUGGACGUUGACUUGUUCAUCAAAUACUUUGGUGCUUGGUCCUGCCCAGUUAUCCAUCUGAAAGGAAGACAGUUUGAAGUGAAGCAACUUUUUCUGGAAGACAUUCUGAGGCUGACUGGUUUUAACAAGGAAAUGGAGUGCAAGGAGGACUCCCACCGAAAAGACAGCAAGCAGAACCUUUUGACAAAGUGGUGUAAGGUUGUGGAAAAGAGUGGUGUGGAAGAAGUGCAGAACGCACAUGCGGUGUCCUCUGGCUUGCUCGAGAGCAGCAGUGUUUUGGACUCAGGGGAAGGAGAUGGCGCCAUCCACACACUGAAUGCGAAUGGCACAGAGCAGUUGGAGCCAUGGCUGAGAAGAGAGAUGGAUGCCUGCAUUUCUAAUAUUUUCAUGAAUGACGACCAGGAGACUUUUAGUCACCUUUUCCACCUCAUUCUCUAUGAAAAUGUCAAUGUGGACUACAUGCACAGUGAAACGGGAGCAACACCGCUGAUGGUGACAGCAGGCCGAGGGUUCCUCACUCAGAUGGAGCAGUUGCUUAGCAUGGGAGCGGAUGUCAACCUAAAGCUGUCCAACGGAUGGACUGCUUUAGACUUUGCUCAACAUUUCCAGCAGACAGAGGCUGUGGAUCUUCUUCAGUCCUCAACUCUCUUGGGAGUGACGCAUAGCCGGGAUGAGCUUGCUCCGGUUCAGUGUGCCACUGCUGAGUUGAGGACCGAAGACCAGGAGGUCCUCACGCUGUAUCAUGGCAACUUUGAUGAUGAGUUUGUAGACCUGGAUCUCAUUGUGGACCUGCUGCACAAGAUUUGCUCAACCAUGAGUGAUGGUGCAGUACUUAUUUUUCUUCCUGGAUAUAGUGAGAUUGUGUCACUCAGGGACCGCAUCCUCUACGAUGACAAGAGAUUCUUGGGAUCCUCCCAAAGGUAUCAGGUGUUCACACUGCAUUCCGACAUGCCCAGCACGGAGCAGAAAAAAGCAAUGAAGACUUCCCCGCCUGGCGUUAGGAAGAUCAUUCUUUCCACCAACAUUGCUGAGACAAGCAUUACCAUCAACGAUGUGGUUUUCGUCAUUGAUUCUGGAAAAGUCAAAGAGAAGUCCUUUGAUACCAUCAGCCGUGUAUCGAUGCUAAAAACAGUUUGGAUUUCAAAAGCCAGUGCUCUUCAACGAAAAGGAAGAGCCGGCCGCUGCCAGCCAGGGAUCUGCUUUCACCUCUUCAGUCAGCUAAGGUUCCACAACAUGCAGGAGUUUCAGGUUCCACAGCUGCUGCGGAUGCCUCUGCAGGAAUUAUGUCUGCAGACCAAACAACUGGCUCCCUGUCCAAUAUUGGAAUUCUUAUCCAAAGCUCCACAGCCUCCUCCUUUGCAUUCUGUUAAGAGUGCUGUGCAGAUGCUUAAGACAAUAGAUGCCCUAAACCCAAGUGAAGACCUUACUGAUCUUGGCUUCCAUCUGGCCGAUCUCCCAGUGGAGCCCCAUCUGGGAAAAAUGGUGCUGUGCGCCGUGGUGCUCAAGUGUCUGGACCCCAUUUUGACCAUAGCCUGUACGCUAGGCUAUCGGGAUCCCUUUGUUCUUCCUGCCCAGGGUUCUCAGAAGAGAGCUGCUCUUCAAUGCCGCAAACGUUUCUCUUCCAACUCCUUCAGUGACCACAUGGCCCUGUUGAGGGCAUUCCAGGCAUGGCAGAAGGCCCGUAGUGAUGGAUGGGAGAGAGCCUUCUGUGAAAAGAACUUUUUAUCCCAAGCCACCAUGGACAUGAUUCUUGGCAUGAGAACACAGCUGAUGGGACAGCUUCGUGCUAUUGGUUUUGUCAGGGCCCAUGGGGAUGGUGAUAUUCGCAAUGUGAACAUCAACUCGGAAAACUGGGCUGUGGUGAAGGCAGCCCUAGUUGCGGGCAUGUACCCAAAUCUGGUUCACAUCAACCAAGAGACAAACAUGCUGUCCAGUAACAAGGAGAAGAAAGUCCACUUUCAUCCCACAUCCAUUCUGAGUUCCGCCCAACAGAAAGGGGAUAUAUCAUCCAAGUCAUCCCAGGCCCUUCCCACAGACUGGUUGGUCUAUGAUGAGAUGAGCCGAUGCCAUAGGAUUGCCAGUGUUCGCUGUUGUUCUUUGGUGACACCCAUCACUGUAGCAAUAUUUGGAGGAAGUUCCAGACCUCUCACCUUCACCUGUCCUGAAGAUUCUGUUCAGAAAGACAGUCCAGCGUGUGACAUGAGUGACAGUGAAACAGAGGACUCCACUGAGAUGAAGAUUGACGAGUGGCUCAUCUUUCAAAUGAACAAUGAGUUGGCAGAGUGGGUGUUUGACCUGAGACACAAGUGGCAUCAUCUGUUCGUCAAGAGAAUCGGUUGCCUUUCAAAACCCUGGUCUCAGCAAGAUGAGAUGACCAUUCAGACCCUGGUUUCUGUGCUUACAACAGAGGAGAAGGGAGCAGGCUUACAGCAGCCCAGCGGGAUAGGCCAGCGUCCUCGGCCUGCCUUGUCGGAGGAGGGCAUCAAGAACUCUUUAAAGAACUGUAAAGGCGGCCCAAUGCUUCCCUGCAUGAUGACUGAUGACAGGAGUUAGACACCCAGGCAGGCAGACAGCUGCUGUCACUUUGGGAGAGGAAACGCCAGCAGUCGCAGUUGACAUCAUCAUUUGCACUAUUACUACCAGAGUGUGGACUAUUUAUUUCCACUAUACCUUCUAGAAAUAUUUCUUGUGCAUUUUACCUUCAGCUGGUUGUGUGAUUAAUUUCAAUGUUCAACACUGUUUUAUUCUGUCUUUAGCGUCUACAAUAUGAAGUAAUCUGAGUAUGCAAAAUUGACUUGCUCUUAACAGUGCAUUAUACUGGAAAAUGUUAGAUUCCAAUGGGUUUGUUGAUACAAUUAAAUUUUAUAAGCGUGUUCUUGACCAUGCCAUUAUGUUUGUUAUUCACAUUACUUUGUACCAAAGAAUGUAAAGUUUCUCCAUUUUGUGUUUUGUUUCCAAUAAGUUCUAAUUGAAGGUGACCCUCUACAGUUGUUUUUAUGCGGCCCUUGAAAGCCGAAAAUGAAAUGCAAUUUAUUCACUAUGACUUAAGAAUUGUUUUCUAAACCUGCAGCUAUAAUCCUGAAAUUGUAAGUUCCAUAUUUGGGUCUUUGGGUCUUACCCAGUUGUUGUAAAUCCCUAAUUAAAUGUUUCUAUUUAGUGCAGGCACUGUUCAGCUGGGUGAAAAUCUGAACUGUAUAUUAAUAAAGCCCAUCCCGCCAACAUUCUAUUGUGUCUCAC